AACGUCCAUGAUCGAACCAUGGACGCGAUCGAACGAGCGGUAACUUACAAGGGACACAACUAAAUUAUCGUUUCCGCUUUUAGUCUGAGUACCUAAGGCAAGCGACAAUGGAGCAAAUGCCAGCUGCAAUGGACAGACAUUUAGAUGUGGCGAGUAUAAAUAAAGAAGGAGGACUGUUGCUGGGUGCCUCAAGUUUGACAGGGCGUUACUGGCUUGGAUCAUUGUGGUUUUAUUUGUCACCUGAAUAUGCUCCAAAUGUUGAGCUCUGCACUGCAGGUGUUCAGCUUGAAGCAGGCCUCUCUGGGGCUUCCUGGAUCACAGCUCAUCAUGUUCUACUUGCCAUGGAUACAGGAGGUGUGACUAUAUGGGAAUUACAAGAUGAUAACAAAACCUUUAGCAUGGUUCAUUCAGCUUGUGAACAUGAUGACAUUGUUUCAAGUGUCAGUGUAAAUGCUAAUGGUAAUCGAUUUGUGUCUGCCAGCCAUGACAAACGAAUCAGGCUUUGGGAUGCGAAUCUGACAUCUCUUAACAGUUUUAAAGCACAUGGCAAUAAAGUGUUGGAUGUCCAGUAUCAUCCAACAGAACCAGACCUCUUUCUUUCCUGCUCUCAGGAUGGAAGAACUAUUCUGUGGGAUACAAGAAGAAGUAAACCAGCCAGCAUAAUUGAGAAAAGUCAAGGUGGCUCAGCUCCAUGUUGUGUGUCUUGGCAGCCCUCAGCAACAAAAAUGUUUGGGACUGGAGAUGAAGGAGGAGGUAUUGUCAUACGGGAUUUGCGUGUUGUUGUUGAGAAGACAGUUAAUUAUCAGCACCAUUGCAGCGCAGUUACAUGUCUUGCCUUUUCAACAACAAGACCAGAUUUGUUGGCAUCUGGAAGUGAAGACUGCAGAACAGUUGUUGUGUCUUUAAAUUCCUUCGGCACACAAAAUUUGUAUAUCAACGAUGCCCAUUCAGACUUUGUGAAAAAUAUUACAUGGAAUGACAGAGAAAUGCUCAUGUCUUGUGGCUGGGAUGGGAACGUGAUUUGGCACACUCCAAGAGAUUAAUUUGCUUGGGAUCAGUCAGCUUACAAUGGAGAAUUAAUUUUGGACAAAAUGUGUUUUCCAGUUUUGGUAAAAUGUUAACAUUUUGAGUUUUAAGAUGGCAGAUAAUCAUAAGAAUAAAUAUAUUGCUUUCAUUG